CAUCGUCGACAGGCAGCUGUUUAGUCCUCGUGAUCGCGCGCGCUCGUACGAAUCGUGAAAGUUGCACUUUUAUAUUUCAUUUUCACCGACCAUGGCGAGGAAAAGAAGGCCGUGUUCGUGUGACAUUUCGCAAAAACAAUAGAAAAAAUGUUAGUUGCAACACCCUAUAGGGAGUUCGAUGGCCCUCCGAGAGUCAUCUCCGAAGUGCGAAAGAGCUACGCCAGUAAAUGGAUUGACUUCAAACCAAAAUUGGCAGGGGACCUUCUCGUCCGAACUGGCAACGACAAGAAAUGGUGGCCCCGAAGGGCUGUUGUCAGAAACGGCCAAUUGCAAAUUUCCGCCAUCGAAGAUGCUCCAAAUGUCCGACUUCCAUUGAGACAUUUAAGUCUUCAAGCGGGAGCUUUGCCCAACAGUCUUUCAUUGUGUAAAGGCGAGGAUGUUGUUCUGACAAUUCAGACUGCCGAUGAGCGAUCCUUCGAAAUCUGGGUAAAAACCAUCGCCAUCGAGCUGAUCCGCCAAACCCCCCUCGAAGACGUGAAAUAUUUGGACAUCUUCACAUUGGCCAGCUAUUGGGGCCGCAAAACCUCCAAAGACUGCAAUUCGAACUACAUCGAACCACCCGUAGAGAACCCAUGCGCCGUUUGCGUCACCAACAUUGAGGAAAAGAACAUCGAAAAUUUGCUCAAAAAGUGUCAAAACGCAGAAAGUUACGUACCGGUCAAAGAAAAACUCAUUCUAUUCGAAUCGUUGUGUAAAUUAGGACGCAAAGUGCGCAGUACUGAAGAUGUUUCAUGUAAAGCGGCGAGCGGAACGAAACGUGCGAGAUCCAUGCACGAUUUGUCUAAUUUCAGUCCGCAAAGUGCCGUUCGCGAAAUUUGUAAAUAUUUUGAAAUCAAAAGUGAGGCUAGUGUCGAGAAGUAUGGAACGAUUGCGAGGUUUAACCGAUCCGAUUCGCAACUAACUGACAAAAAACCGUUCUAGGUUACAUAUUUCAUGUUAAUUUAUCUAAUAAAGCAUUACUUUAUAUUUUUAA